AUGUUCUGGAACGCACUUGCCAUCAGCGCGCUGCUUGCGCAGUCUGCAUCCGCGCAGAACAUGCUGCGCUUUGGGUGCUCGCAGCUCACGAUCGAGCGAGCUGAUCCUCUCGUUGCCCCUGGCGCCAACCCUUCCCCUCACACCCACCAAAUUAUUGGAGGAAACAGCUUUAACCUAACGAUGGAGCCAGCCAAAUACGAUCCGCCGGCCAAGUCCACCUGCACCACGUGCACAUACUCCGAGGACUUCAGCAACUACUGGACCGCCUCCCUAUACUUUAAGUCCCCUGAGAACGGCACUUUCCAGCGCGUCCCGCAAUUUGCGAAUGUCGGACUCCAACAAGACGGCGGCAUGACGGUCUACUACAUGCCCUACUCCGCCCAAAACGGCAAAAUGACAGCCUUCAAGCCAGGCUUCCGCAUGAUCGCCGGCGACCCUAUGCUCAAGAAGAACUCCAACAAAGCCUCCAUCUGCCACCGCUGUCUCGGCAACGGCGAGGGCUUCGCACCCUGCGACUCAAAAGACACCGGCGAACUACCUCUGAAGUACUGCCCAAAGGGUAUCCGUGCGACGGUCAUCUUCCCAUCCUGCUGGGACGGCACGAAUCUUGAUAGCCCAGAUCACAAGAGCCACGUCGCGUAUAGUAACAGUGGCGGUCUGGGCACCCCGAAUUGCCCAAGUACGCAUCCAGUAAGGAUUCCGCAGGUCAUGUACGAGAUAAUGUGGGACACCGGCCGCUAUAAGAACGACGCUUGGUACAAGAACGGGAAGCAGCCCUUUGUGUACAGUUUUGGCGACGGCACUGGCUACGGCCAACACGGUGACUACCUCUUCGGUUGGAAAGACGACUCUUUGCAGAAAGCCAUGGACGCUCUUCCCUCGGGCAAGUGCGCGAAUGCCAAUUGCGGCGUGUUGAAGAUCCAGAGCGCGGCAGAUGCGAUGAAGUGCAAGAAGGCGCAGCAAGUGCCGGAGGAUAUUGGGAAGGAUGGUGCGUGGUUGAAGGAGUUGCCUGGUGGUGCGAGUGUGACGUAUGCGAAAUGA